AGCAAAACAAACAGGACAGUCAUAGGGGCGUUGGUGACAUUUUGGCGAUUCUUGUCCUGCGUGGCUCCAUCAUGCUCAAGCCGUGUGUCGUCUACGCCACGGGCUUCUUUUCCUUCGUCUUCCUCGUCGUGGGCAUUUCACUGGCCUUGACCAACGUCUUUCCAGGUCUUGUGCAGUCAGAGGCGAAAAGGGAAGUGGUGUUGCGCAAUGGCACGGUGGCGUUUGAUGCCUGGGAGAAUCCGCCGGCGCCGAUCUACAUGCAGUUUUAUUUCUUCAACCUGACCAACCCCCUGGAGGUGCUGGACGGGGAGAGGCCUGCAGUGGUGGAGAUUGGACCGUACACGUACAGGGAGUACCGGCCAAUGGAGGAAGUGAGCUUUGACGCUAACGGCACCACCGUAGCAGCCGUCAACACUAAGACCUACAUAUUCCAGGCCAACAUGUCCCGAGGUCUGCAGACUGACCUGAUCCGGACUGUCAGCAUCCCCGCCAUGACGGUGAUGGAGCGCUUCAAGGACCAGCCUUUCUUUGCCCGCCUGAUCUCGGACUUCAUGAGGGACAAGCAGGAGGGUCUGUUCACCACCAGGACAGUGGGACAGCUCCUGUGGGGCUACCUGGACCCGCUGCUCCAGGCUGUCCACGUGUUCCAACCCGAUGUGGAUCCCGUUUUUGGACUCUUCUCCAAGAGCAACGCUUCCAGUGACGGUCGCUACGUCUUCUUCACCGGCCAGCAGGACUACAAGGACUUUGCCCGGGUGGACACGUGGAACAAUCAAAGCUCACUAAAUUGGUGGACGAGCGAGGAGUGCAACAUGAUCAACGGCACCAACGGGGCGUCCUUCCAUCCCGUCAUCACGAAGCAUGAAACGCUCUACAUGUUCUCCUCGGACCUCUGCAGGUCUAUUUACGCCGUGUUUGAGGAGGACGUGGCAGUGAAAGGCAUCCCCGCCUAUCGCUUCUCCCCCCCCAGCCAGGUGUUCGCCAACCACACCGUCAACCCGGCCAACGCGGGCUUCUGUGUCCCCGCCUCCAACUGCCUGGGCUCAGGUGUGCUCAACGUGAGUCCGUGCAAGCAAGGGGCGCCCAUCAUCAUGUCCUCGCCACACUUCUACCAGGGAGACCCCAAGUUUGUCCAAGGCGUGUUUGGCAUGAAGCCCAACAAGGACGAUCACCAGACCCUCCUGGACAUCCACCCGUUAACUGGAACCAUCUUGCAAGCUGCAAAACGUCUCCAAGUCAAUGUCUACGUCCAGCAAAUACCCACAUUCACUCAGACGGGGAACGUGAGCACAGUGAUCUUACCUGUCCUUUACCUGAAUGAGAGCGUGCUCAUCGACGACGUCUCCGUAAAGAAGGUGGCGGCCGCCGUCCUCCAGCAGAACUUGGUGAUAAACAUUCCCUUCAUGCUGAUCGGGGUCGCCAUCCUUCUGGGCGCCGUCUUCAUGUUGCUGGUGUGUCGCCAGAAGAUCCCUGAGAGUACUGCAGCAGAACGGCAGCCGCUGCUGGCAUCCUAGCAGCCCACCCAGGAAGUGACGUGUGAACCUGCACUACUCAAGUAUUCAUCUGCACGUGGAAGCUCCAAGUACCACUUUCUUAGUUUUUUUAACUACCCUCCCAGCUAUCUGAAAACUUUUUAGAAUGUGUGGACGACGGGAGUCUGCAGUUCAUUUUUUUUAAAAACUUGUUCUACGCCAGGUUGGACUGAAGUAAGAGUAUUACAGGAACUAACAUGAAGGGAAUUGAACACGUUGCGUUUGACUUCUCUCCUAAACAACCGCUGUGUUUCUCAAUCCUGCUGACAACCACGCCCUUAAAAGGGGACUAUUAUAUAUUGUUCUAUCAUUUUUAUACAGGGGCUUUGGAUUCUCCUACAUUUCCCACAAUGCUUUGCUGUUGGCCAUAUUAGAAUCUUUGUAAACACGCUCACUUGUUGCUGAGCAUUCAUCUAGCGAUACUCAUGUGCGGGUGUUUGUCAGGUUCAAACAUCUAUUAAACAAGACAAGAAGCAAAGAAUUACACAGAAACAGAAUCCAAUUCGGCUCAAUUUGAGGAGAGACGCCUGGACACUAUACCCUUGUACAGUGUCUCAACACGCCCUGGCGAAAGAUUGUAUUUUUAUUUGGACUUUCCCUGAUUACACGGCAACAGCUGUUUCUAAGGGACGGGGGUCGGCAACAGCUGUUUCUAAGGGACGGGGGUCAUAAACAGUUCACAGAAAAGGUCGUUAAACAGUUCAAAGAAGCAGUGCCUGGAGGGGAGUCCGAUCAAGACUAUCUUUCUGUUGAUUACAAUGCAUGAAAGAAACAGAACACUAUGUUGCUUCCCCCCCUACACAGUGGUGUUUUUUUACAAGUCUUCUUCUUGGUAGGAUCAAAGACUGCUUUUGUCUUCUUGCCGGGAACUUAUUUCAACACAAAGUUUUUGUGAUAACUGCCACAAUGGAGGUGGGAGGGAAAUAAGUAGCUUUAUCUUGUCUAUAAGCCCAUUUCUGGACAAAUGGAAGUGGCGGAAACGAGGAGUUAAGAGGCUAAGGCGCGCAUGAACUGCAGCAAUCAACCGAGAUCAUUUCAUUUCCUUUAAUUUGCCGCCGGGACGCUAAUUAAUUAAAAACCUCUUCUCACUCCGGCGUUUACCAAAAGCAUGCGGUAAAUUAAGGCCUGCGCUUAUAAAUUUGAGUGUGAUGUAAGGAUACCAUCAUGAAAAGCACAUUUAAUAAAAAAAAAAACGUUAUUAUGGUCUUACCUUUACUUAUAAAUGAAGUCCAUGCGCAGCUCCUUCUGAUCAAAAGCAUCGAUAACUUGUUUAUAGAAGUCUUCCUUAUCUUUCUUCGGUUUUAAAAGUCUAUCUCGAUGGAGAUCUUCCUUUAUUACCUCCUGCUUCGACUGAAAGUCCAGUUUAGAAAACUGUUAUAUUUUAGAUAUGUAAUCCUCCAUGUUAAAAGUGCAAGCGAGAGGAAAAAUAAACGAUCGCUGCUUGUUGUCACUUCUUCUGCAGCCAAGUAGUCGCAAGAAGGAUCACUAGCGCCCUCUACCACCAGGAGGCGGGAGUCAUUUAAUGACUCAUAUUUGACACACGCAGCUACGGUAUAUUAAUAAAACAUAGCUGCUUACUGUUCUUUUUAGCAUAUUCAAUAGCUUGGACCUUAAAUCCUACUGAAGAGCUCUUAAUCUUCUUCCCUUUAUGCGAUUUCAAACCUCCUGUCUGUUGGGAGGGGGAGAGAGAAGAGCAAACACACUUUAUCUGAUUGUGAUAUCAGCAAAAACCAGGAAUGUUUGGGCAAAACCAUUGGGUAAGUAAGGUGGUUGACAACAUGAAAAGAAACCCAUUUGGAGGGUAACAUCUGACAAAAACAAUUUAGUGAUCGACCAACAUCACAGCAGCGAGAGUGGAGGCCAUAAAAGUGUCUUAUCUACCUGGUUAGAGUGUCUGCCCUGAGAUCGGUAGGUUGUGAGUUCAAAACCCCAUACCAAAGACUACAAAAAAACAAAACAGGACCCAUUGCCUCCCUGCUUGGCACUCAGCAUCAAGGGGUUGGAAUUGGGGGUUAUAUCACCCAAAAUUAUUCCCGAGCGCGGUCCACGCUUCUGCUCACUGCUCCCCUCACUUCUUGUCAAAACCACUGAGCUGACCGUAAAUUGGUCAUAUGUGAUUAUUCAGGGUGUCAGGGUGGGAAAUCAAGUAGUGGGACAGACAGUUAAGGCAAAGAAUACAGAACACAAACAUCUAGUGAUUUUGACAAUAAAUGACUACAUUAUUUUUUUUGCCAUCACACUGAGAUGACCGUAGAUUGACCGUCUGUGAUUAUUCAGGGUGUCAGGGUGGGAAAUCAAGUAGUAGGACAGUCAGUUAAGGCAAAGAAUCCAGAACACAAACACUUAGUGAUUUUGACAAUAAAUUACUACAUUGUUUAUUUUGGCAUCACACUGAGAUGACCGUAGAUUGACCGUCUGUGAUUAUUCAGGGUGUCAGGGUGGGAAAUCAAGUAGUGGGACAGACAGUUAAGGCAAAGAAACCAGAACACAAACACUUAUUGGUUUUUACAAGAAAGGACUACAUUAUAUAUUUUUCCAUCACACUGAGAUGACCGUAGAUUGACCGUCUGUGAUUAUUCAGGGUGUUAGGGUGGGAAAUCAAGUAGUGGGGCAGACAGUUAGGGCAAAGAACCCACAACACAAACACUUGGUGUGAUGGCAAAAUAAAUAUUGUAGUCAUUUCUUGUCAAAACCACUGAGAUGACCGUAGAUUGGCCGUCUGUGAUUAUUCAGGGUGUCAGGGUGGCAAAUCAUGUAGUGGGACAGACAGUUAAGGCAAAGAAACCAGAACACAAACACAUAGUGGUUUUGACAAGAAAUUACUACAUUAUUUAUUUUGCCAUCACUCUGAGAUGACUGUAGAUUAGCCGUCUGUGAUUAUUCAGGGUGUCAGGGUCAGAAAUCAAGUAGUGGACAAAGUCCGGGUAUGAGACGACGUGGUCUCCUCUUCUUUUCUAAGGACUCGCAGUAUUUUUCGUAUCAGUGUUAUUUUCCACUCAACAGUUCGGAAAUAUUACGAGUAGCGCUACCAAGAACGAGGACGCCGGCCUUUCAACGUGCCUUCUGGCAAUGCAUUGUGGGAUACUUUUAGCCAGGAACUCCCAAGCCCUUUAUAGCAAUUACAAAACUAUGACAGUAAAGAAGCAGUGAGAAGACAGAAAUGACAAUAAGCAUUAUUGCACUACAAAUGGAAGUGGAAUUCGCAAUUUUGGUAGGAAUGUGGUGUGAAUGUCCCGAUGUUGAGGCUGAACUGAAAUGUUGACGGGAUGUAGAAUGACUGUUGGAAUAGUUUGAAUGUAGAAAGUGUUUGAAACUGAAGAGUUGAAGCUGACCUGAAAUGUGUAAACAUGUGGAAAGCUAGCAUGCUAAUAAAAGAGACAUUAGCAUACUUCCAA